UAUUAAGAUAGUAACAGGUUAUUGCAGAUGUCAGCUCUCUGCUUUCUCAAGUUCUCUCCAGGGCCAGUAGUUUUCUCACCUGGGAACUGGGGUUGGGGCGAGAGUCUUAGGGUAAUGGACUCUCGAUGCAAUGAGGAUAUUCAGAAGGUCGGAGUGGUUGGGACUUGCUGAGGAGUUGGUAUUCCAGCAGCCCACCCCCCACUCGCCGCCGGGCCUGGUCCCACGGCGCUCAGGUGGGUUCGAUGGCCUCAGGUGUGGCGAACAGCCGUCCAGAGAGGCCGCACCACCCCCACACUCGCAUGUGCAGUUUCACUAGAGUUUUCUAAAUAGAGAUCUUGCCUGAAUGAAGAAAAAGUUUAUUAAGUAUCUUUCGGGGGCUGGUUGCUUUUUAAAGGCAGUGGUGUUACUCCUGGUGGUAGACGUGUGCUGGGAGCGCAGCGCCCCCUCUCAGAGCUGUCUCACACCCUCGGCUCCGUGAGUGAGCCGCAGCUGGGGCACCCUGGGGUGGAGUGCUCUCCUGGCCUCUUGCCCCCAUCUCUGUUGGCUGACACCAGACCUGGCUUCUAAAUGGAGGGGGGGGGGAGGCGGUGCCCAUGGGCAGGCAUCCUUCCUCCUCUUGGCAUCCAGAGUCCGGCAUCCCAGCUCACCAGGAGGGCUGGCCUGCUGGGAGCUUCUAGGAACUACUUCCUGGAGCCUUCCUGCUGUCACGAUGCCGUCCGGCUUUGUCUCCCAGCACUCUGUGUCCCUGCAGGUUGUUUACCGCAGCCUAGGAGGAGGCAUUCGCCUUCACCUCUGAUUUGCCCCGUGGACUCUAGCUCCUUAAGGAUUCCCCCUAAAGGACUCAAAGCGUCUGAUGCAGUGGUUGAAGGCUGUUCAGAGGGAUAACUGGACCCCCACUAAGUACUCUUUCCUCUGCAGUGAGCACUUCACCAAAGACAGCUUCUCCAAGAGACUGGAGGACCAGCACCGCCUGCUCAAGCCCACGGCCGUGCCGUCCAUCUUCCACCUGGCAGAGAAGAAAAGGGGGGCUGGAGGCCAUGGCCGCCCCCGGAGAAGGGACACCGGGAAGGCCUCGGCGGGUCUGAGGGCACAGGCGAGUGACCCUGUGGACGGGAAGGCAGCUGCAGGGUCACCGUCGUCGUCAAGUGCAAGCCCGAUGGCCAAGCCGGAGCCCCGCAAGCUGAAGCGGGCCACUCCGCAGGGCCGAACCACGGCCAGGGCCGCCCGGGAGACCGCUGGUCAGGAGCGGGAGCGGCAGCCUCUGGAAGGAUGCGCAGAGGACGGUCCGGCCUCCGCCGCCACCUCCGGCAGCCAGGGAGAAGCCGGCACAGGGGCCGUGGAUGCUGGCGAAGAGGGCGCUACCCCCGCUGACGGCGGCCUGGUGGACAGGAGCGGCGUUUCCGCGGACGACUUCACGCCCCCGGGCUCUGGGGCCUGCAAGUUCAUCGGGUCGCUUCACUCCUAUAGCUUUUCCUCCAAGCAUGCCCGAGAGAGGCCGGCUGUCCCCCGGGAGCCCGUGGAGCGGAAGCGGCUGAGGAGAGAUGCCGAGCCUGGCUGCAGCGGGAGCAGCCCCGGGCCGGAGAAGGGGCCGGCGCAGAGCCCUCCGCGCGCCUGCCCCUCGGCGAGCUCGUCGCUCACGGCCACGCCGCAGAAGCCAGCCCAGGGCGCCUCGGCGCCUCCCACCGACGUGACCCCGAAGCCGGCGGCCGAGGCCGUCCAGAGCGAGCACAGCGAUGCCAGCCCCAUGUCCAUCAACGAGGUCAUCCUGUCGGCAUCGGGCGCCUGCAAGCUCAUCGACUCUCUGCACUCCUACUGCUUCUCCUCCCGCCAGAGCAAGAGCCAAGUGUGCUGCCUGCGGGAGCAGGUGGAGAAGAAGAACGGCGAGCUGCGGACCCUGCGGCAGCGGGUCAGCCGCUCGGACAGCCAGGUGCGCGAGCUGCGCCAGAAGCUGGACCAGCUGCGGAGGCUGAGCCUCCCUCACCUGAGCAGCCUGCUGCCCCCUGGUCGCGAGCCCCCCAAGAUGAGCCCUGUGGUAGAGCCGCUGUCCUGGAUGCUGGGCACCUGGCUGUCAGAGCCGCCGGGAGCCGGGACCUUCCCAACGCUGCAGCCCUUCCGGUACCUGGAGGAGGCACACAUCUCGCACGUGGGCCAGCCCAUGCUCAACUUCUCGUUCAACGCCUUCCACCCAGACACGCACAAGCCCAUGCACAGGGAGUGCGGCUUCAUCCGCCUGGAGCCCGACACCAACAAGGUGGCCUUCAUCAGCGCCCAGAACACAGGCAUUGUGGAGGUGGAGGAAGGCGAGGUGAACGGGCAGGAGCUGUGCAUCGCGUCCCACUCCAUCGCCAGGAUCUCCUUUGCCAAGGAGCCCCAUGUGGAGCAGAUUACCCGAAAAUUCAGGCUGAAUUCCGAAGGCAAACUUGAACAGACCGUCUCCAUGGCAACCACUACGCAGCCCUUGACUCAACAUCUGCACGUCACGUACAAGAAGGUGACCCCAUGACCCCGGGUGGCGCUGCCUGCCUGGGGAAGGUGUGGGUGUGGCCACAGGUGGGUCACCGUGGGUCACAGGGUGGCCACGUCUCCUGUAACGGCAUAGAGAUACCAAAUAAAAGGCCUUUAUUUUUA